AUGUGUGAUGAAGUUAAAGAAUCAACCCUACUGAAAAUAAAAGAUCUCCGAGUUGGGGACGCGGAAGAUAAAAAGGACACUUUACUUCCACAGCUUGUACAGCAAGGAGCCUCAGACGCCGUAGGGAUGGCAACGCAAUACACGGGCCCACCUAUCCAGCGUCAGUGGACAUACGCAUUACGGGACUUUAUUCUGUCGCGUAUAAAACCGUUUAAUGAGAAAGAGAAAUUCCAAAAUUGGUUACUAUGUGUUAAGUUUUUCCUUGAAGAAGUACCCAAGGAACGGCACAGUCGUAUGCUCCUCAUGUGCCUGAGUCCUGAACACCUCAGCCGAGCCCUGCACGCUAAUUUGGCGUCGAAUACACCCCUUGAUAGCCUUUGUGAGCGGUUGCAACAUCUGCUUCAGCCGAAAAUGCCAAUCGGAGAGGCCAUUGACCGACUGAUCAAAAGACGAUGUAGACGACACGAAACACCCAGUAAUUUCGCUCAGGACCUGUCGGAUCUCGUGGAUGCGGCCUAUCCAUCCCUCACAGUCAGUGAUAAGGAAGCCGUUGUACUUCACCACUUCAUUAAGGGGCUUUAUAUGCCGGAUCUCAUCCACUCACUCAUUGUUAUGCCCCCAACCAAUAUACAAGAUGCUGUAGCACGAGCAGAGAGAUUUCAGCGAGUAGCGAGACUACAGUGGCUGAAUCAACCGAGCCAUUGGAUUUCUAACCGUCAAGCUUACCGUCCUAACACAGAAAGAGUUCGGCAUACAACACAUUCAGAGGGAUAUAAUUGCAACUCGCGACAAGCAGGCUUCUAUGAAGCAACUACGACCACUCCACCGGCACUAGAAUAA